AUGCGCCCCCGCGCCGCCCCCCGCGCCCCCGCCGGCGCCGCCGCCGCGCUCCGGCUCUGCAGCCUCCUGCUGCUGCUCGGGCCCGGGCACGCGUGCCCCGCGGGCUGCACCUGCACCGACCCGCACACUGUGGACUGCCGCGACCGCGGGCUGCCCAGCGUGCCCGACCCCUUCCCCCUGGACGUGCGCAAGCUCCUGGUGGCCGGUAACCGCAUCCAACACAUCCCCCAGGACUUCUUCAUUUUCUACGGCGACCUGGUCUACCUGGACUUCAGGAACAACUCGCUGCGCUCGCUGGAGGAGGGCACGUUCAGCGGCUCGGCCAAGCUCGCCUUCCUCGACCUCAGCUACAACAACCUGACCCACCUGGGCGCCGGCGCCUUCCGCUCCGCCGGGAGGCUGCUCAAGCUGAGCCUGGCCAACAACAACCUGGCGGGCGUGCACGAGGCCGCCUUCGAGACCCUGGAGUCGCUGCAGGUGCUGGAGCUCAACGACAACAACCUGCGCAGCCUCAACGUGGCCGCCCUGGCCGUGCUGCCCGCGCUGCGCACUCUGCGCCUGGAUGGGAACCCCUGGCUCUGCGACUGCGACUUCGCCCACCUCUUCUCCUGGAUCCAGGAGAAUGCGUCCAAGCUGCCCAAAGGCCUCGACGAGAUCCAGUGCUCCCUGCCCGUGGAGAACAGGAGGGUAUUCCUGCACGAGCUGUCGGAGGCCAGCUUCAGCGAGUGCAAGUUCAGCCUCUCACUCACAGACCUGUUCAUCAUCAUCUUCUCCGGCGUGGCCGUGUCCAUCGCUGCCAUCAUCUCCAGCUUCUUUCUGGCCACCGUGGUGCAAUGCUUCCAGAGGUGCACCCCCAACAAAGACCCCGAGGACGAAGAGGACGACGAGGAGGACUGAGCCACCCCCUCCCAUUCCUCGCUUUCCAGAACCCAAGCCAUCGGCUCCCCUCCAAGAAGAGAGGGACGUACUGAGAGGGGAGAAGAACCGGCCACCCACAGUGCCCAGAGCACAGAGCCGCACCUGCUCCAUGCCCUGCACCCCGGGCGUGCCUGCUGGGAGCUCCGAUCUCAGAGUUUGGAAUCCAGAGUGGAGCGGCCCAGGAAGGAUCCCUGGAGGAGAGCCGGCUCUCGGCGGGAGGGGUGUGUGGGGAGAAGAUGGCUGAGUCCCGCUUCCUAGCCGACAGGUGAAAACCAGCCCAGGGCACGUGCAGACCUCAGCUCGCCCACAAAGAUGAUUUUGUGCCGUCCGUUCUCUGACCUGUUCUGGGAGACCUGGCAGCAUCUCCUUCCUGCCAAGUGGCAGCAGCUCAGACAGCGGGGACUCGAGUGCGGGUCCCCCUCCCUGGAAGCAGGACUUCUGCUCCUCUGGAACAGGCUUCCGCAACCUUGGGAUGUUACGCAAAGAACAAACCCACGUCUGGCUAAAACGGCGCCGAGGAAGAAGCUAAGAAGUGGCCGAAGGACGUUUGCUGUUACAUGUUGGUGACAGAGUUGGGAAAACUUUCGUUGACAGAACUCAAACCCUGAUCCUUCUCCUAAUGGUGGCAACUCGUGGAGGAAGGAGGGGCGUUCUGUACAAUCCCGAUGCCGUCUGCUCUUCCCUCUGAGGGACAACCAAGUCACUUCCCCUCCCGUCCCGCAGCCCCUCACCUCCCACCCGUUCAGAGUCCCUCCUCAGCGACAUGAGGCCUGCUGUUCCCUGUGCUGGCACCGUUCCAGACGUGUCGUCUCCAGAACUUGCAGGAAACUUUCCUGGAGGCCAGGAUUCCAAAAAGCAGGUUGCGUCGGCCCACCAAAAUGUUAAAAAAAGAAAACAUACGAACUAGGACUUGGCCUCAGAGAACCCUCCAUCGGCGGCCUCGGGGGCUGUGUGACAUUUCUUUGGCGCACAGGCUGUGACAGGCAGUGUUUUCCAGGCUGUGGAAUGCAGCUCUUUGGUUCAGAGACAAUGUGAGACAAACAGUGUCGUGCACCCAGCGGGUUUAUGCAAGAUGGCAGGAGUUAGCCGCGUUGGACCUCGCUGGGGACUGAUGCCUAGACCAGGGGCUUGGGGGAGGCUCCUGGGAUAUUUCCGGGAAUCAACUCUCCAUCAUUUCUCGUAAUACAUCCCUUAUGUUUCCUUC